AUGGGAGCCAAGUCAAAGUAUGUAGUUGUGCAAUUAGCGAGUGUGAUAACCGGCUCAACACGCGUUUGGGUUCGUGAAAGGGCCGCCGAGAAGUUUUCCGGAAUUUUCUUCGAUCCAGCAUACGGCAAAGAAUGUCUUUUCGAGGAAUCCAAGCGAAUCAAAGGAAAAUCAGAUCUGCCGAAACGAAUCAAAGAGAUAGCAAUGGACAUCAAUAAUCUGCCAAUUGAGAUACUUAUAGCAGCAAUUUUAGGUCUAAUUACUAUACUUGGAGCUGCAUUUUGGUUUUUCCAAGGAAAAAAGCGCGAUACAAUUUUGAUCGCCGGACUUUCCGAUUCCGGCAAAACUGUGAUAUUCUCACAGCUUGUGAUGAAGGGCGCUCAGCCGAAAACCUUCACCUCAAUGGUUGAGAAUUCUCUAACUCUGAAUUUCAAAGGACAAGUGAGAAAUCUCGUCGAUUUCCCCGGAAACGACAGAUUGCGCCGAAAAUUGAUCAAUCGGCUUCAUGAGAAAAACAUUCUCAAAAUCGUAUUCGUUGUGGAUUCGGCGACGUUUUCGAAGAAAUCGCGCGAUGUCGCCGAGCUUUUAUACGAUGUUUGCUUGGAAAAUGAGGCAAAAGCCCCAAUUCUCGUUGCAUGCCACAAACAAGACCACGCGUUGGCAAAAACUGAUCAGGUAAUUCGAUCAACACUCGAAAAGGAGUUCGGUUUGAUUAACAAUUCGCGUUCGGCUUCGCUCAAAUCGACCGACGGUUCCGAAUCUCGCAGCUCGACGCUCACCCAAACCGGCGCCGACUUCAAAUGGGGCGAUUUGAAAAAGCAAAAAAUCGAUUUCGUUCUUUCCUCAUCAAUCGAGGGCGCCGAAUACGGUAUUGAUGAAAUUCGAGGAUUCGUUAGAAGCUAA